AAUAGACGGUCUGCCCUGAUUGUGCUGUAAAUUUUUUUCGGAGUUACCUGACUACUGUGUGCGUCAGCGUCAGCGUCUUAUCUUACAAAGCAAAUCAGAGUCCACUUUCCCUUCGAAAGCUUUAUGUUUUUAUAAAAGAAAAUAAACCUUAAUCAUGGUUUUAGACUCUCAUCAGCAGUAUGAAAAGCUGCCAAAGUGUGUCACUCCGACACAUUACGAUUUAUAUUUGAAGCCAGAUUUGCAAUCUUGCACCUUUGAGGGAAAAGUGGUCGUGAGCUUGAUGGUCAGCUCUCCAACCAAUCAAGUGAAAUUUCAUAGCAUUGAUCUUGAAUUGAGUGAUGUGGAACUACGGUCAGGGGAUGACAAACUGUGCACCGGGCUUUCCACUUGUGAUUAUAAUGAGUCCAUAACUUUGGACGUGCCUAGUGGUCUGCAAGUUGGCUCGUACACAUUGUCUUUAAAGUUUAAAGGUUUAUUAGAUGAUAACUUUCGAGGAUUUUACCAAGCCAAAUAUACUAGUUGUGAUGGAGAGGAACGAGUUUGUGCAAUCACUCAAUUUGAAGCCAGCAAGGCUCAUCGAUGUUUUCCUUGUUGGGAUGAGCCUUCAUUUAAAGCAACGUUUGAUAUUACUGUUUGUUGUGCAAAGGACAGGGUGGCUUUAUCCAAUAUGCCCAUUUCAAGUGAAGUUAUAGAAUUGGAUCACAAGCUGGUGCGCUUUGCCAGAAGUCCAAUCAUGUCGACAUAUCUUGUGGCUGUUGUGGUUGGAGAGUUUGACUAUAUUGAACAGUCAACCCCAAAGGGAGUCAAAGUACGAGUUUAUACCCCACUGAAAAAGCAAGAACAGGGACAAUUUGCCUUGGAUGCAGCAGUAAAAGUUCUGCCUUAUUUUGAAGACUUCUUCAAAAUUUUGUACCCUUUGCCUAAAAUGGAUUUGAUUGCAGUGCCCAGUUUAUCAUUUGGUGCUAUGGAAAACUGGGGAUUGAUUACAUAUAGAGAAACAUGUCUACUGGUUGAUCCUAAAGUCAGCUCUGCCAAAAGAAUACAAUACAUUGCCCUUAUUGUUGCUCAUGAAAUCGCUCAUCAGUGGUUUGGGAAUCUUGUUACUAUGGAAUGGUGGGAUCAUUUAUGGUUGAAUGAAGGUUACGCAACCUUCAUGGAAUUUUUGAGUGUGGCAAAGCUGUUUCCUGAUUAUAACAUUUGGAACCAGUUUAUAACUCUUGUUUAUAGCCCUGCUAUGAAAAUGGAUGCCCUCAAAACAAGUCAUCCUGUUGAGGUACCCGUUAAACAUCCAUUGCAUGUUGAUGAAAUUUUUGAUGAUAUUUCAUACAAUAAAGGGGCUUCAUUAAUUCGAAUGUUACAUGGAUACAUUGGUGAUGAUGACUUUGAGAGGGGGAUGAACAUGUACUUGAACAAGUUCCAGUACAAAAAUGCCUCAACUAAUGACUUGUGGAAAGUUUUGGAGGAGGCUUCCCAGAAACCCAUCUCAUCCAUUAUGCCUAAUUGGACAAAAUUAUCUGGUUAUCCAGUGAUAUUUGUUGAAAGAGAGCAAGUAGGAAAUAAGUGCAAACUUCUACUGAAACAGUACAAAUUUUGUGCAUCUGGAAAUGAGUCAGAUUCUAAAUUUGAAAAUUGGAUAAUUCCUAUGGAAUACAGAACUGAAAAAACACAGGGUAACAGUACCGGUAGAUUUGAAUUAGCAUCUAAAGAAGAUGUUUUGUUCAUUAAUGGUUUGAACAAAAAUGACUGGGUGAAAUUGAACCCUGGUCAGUAUGGUUUCUACAGAGUUCAUUAUUCCCCAGAUAUGCUGGAAAAUCUCAUGCCAGCAAUAUCUAAUCUCUCUCUUCCACCUAUUGAUCGUCUUGGUCUUCUUGAUGAUCUUUUUGCUCUUGUACAGGGAGGCUACAGUACAUCUGACAAGAUUCUUGACCUUCUGCUAUCAAUGUCAAAGGAAGAUAGUUGCAUGGUGUGGAGCACUAUGAGUAGUGUCUUAAUGAGAUUGAAGAAGCUCGUUGAAUAUGCUGAUGAUUCUAUUCUAAGCCAUUACAUGGCUUUUGGGCGAAAACUACUUCAUGAGAUAAGACAAAAUAUUUCUUGGGAUCCAAAGCCUAAUGAAAGUCAUGAGGACAAAUUGCUUCGUAGUUCGAUUUUGGAUCUUCUUGGUGAAUUUGAGGAUGAAACUGUAAUUACUGAAGCUGAGAAACGUUUAAAGGCUCAUUUAGAUGGUUCAUUGGAGGUGCUGCCUGAUCUCCGUGGUGUAGUGUAUGCCAUUGGUGUUAAAAAUGCCAACCAAGAUCUUUACAAAUCUGUCAUUGAUAUGUACCAUGCGGCUUCACUUCAGGAGGAGAAAGAGAGAAUAUUGUAUGCUCUCGCUGCAAUGAAGGACCAAGUUCUGAUCAGUCAGUUGCUGAACUUUGCUCUGUCUAAACAUGUAAGGAAGGAGACUUCUCUGGAUGUACUCAGUGCAAUAUCGCAAACCCGUACGGGACGAGAACAAGUGUGGAAUUACACCCAGCAUCACUGGAAAAACAUUUUUGAAGGAUAUGCUGGAUCAUUUGCCCUACCCCAUUUCAUCUCAGGAGUAUUUUCUCAUGCUGCAUCAGACAACAUGGCUACUGAUCUGGAAGAAUUUUCUAAGAAUCACAAAGUGUUAGGAAUGGAACGGACCAUUGAUCAAGCCAUUGAAAAAAUCAGGGUGAAUGUUGGGUGGCUGGAAAGAGAUACUCAAUUAAUAGCAUCGUUUUUGAAAACACAUGUGUGAUGACCUUGUAUCAAGUUCAUACUUUGGUGCCUUAUCUCAUUGUUUUAGCAGUUGUUAUAAAAAUGUUCAUUCAACAA